AUGGCGCGCCCACGAGUCUUGCCUCUCGCGCGGGCCUUUUCGGCCUCGGCCUCGGCCUCGUCCUCCACACCCAUCUCGCGAGGCUGGCCGACGGGCCCCACUCCCCCCGGCGCAAACUAUCCCACCCAUGUACCCCUCAACGUCGGCCAGAACGCCCUCCUCGCCAUUGGCAGCGGGCUGGUCGGCGUGGUCAACUACGCCACGCGCCCCGACCUCAUUGCGACUCUGAGCGAGAGCACUGCCGCAUCGUUCCUUCCUCGCCUGCAUGAGGCUAUGAGCGCGCAUCCCGAGGGCAGGCAGAUUCUGCGUGACCGGCCAGUCGUUUCUUCCGACACGGUCAAUUUGGACUCGUUGAGGAGUAUGCGGCGCGGGACGGUGGGGCGCGAGUAUGUCGAGUGGCUGGAUCGGGAUGGGAUUUUGCCCGAUUCGCGAGAGGCCGUCCGGUAUAUCGAUUCACCGGCGCUGGCUUAUACGAUGCUCAGGUAUCGCCAGACACACGAUCUCUACCAUACCCUCUUCUGUCUUCCUCCGACACUCGCACACGAACUUACGCUUAAAGUAAUCGAGUGGGCGAACAUGGGUCUUCCGGCCGCGGCCCUGUCCAGUACCUUUGGACCGUUGCGGUUGAGUCCUAAACGACGCCAGAUGUGGCGCGAGGACUGGGUACCGUACGCUCUGCGUACCGGCGCCGAGGGCCGGUCACUCGUCGGCGUGUACUGGGAGAAGCGGUGGGAACAGGGGAUCGGAGAGCUGCGCCGUGAGCUCGGCGUCACUAGGAUGCAAGACCCAGCAGUCAUUGCGCAGUGGAAGGGUUACCGCGUCCUGAGGGAGAGGGAGCGUCAACUGCGGCGUACGGGCGAGUGGAUCGACGAGCCAGAGGAGUGGUAA